UUUUCAUCUUCUCCUGUGUGAACUUUCGCUCAGUCCCAAAAAAUCUUCAAUUUCCUUCAAAUUAGAUAACCCCAUUCCGGUCUGUUCCACAAUGUUGUCGUUCUUCCGCAGGAAAACAUCCGAGGAUCUCGGUGUAUCACCCAGUUCUUCUAGUAAUGAUACCCCGAAGAAAGAAAUGACUCCAUCGCCGACCUUAUCACAGCUCGGCUACCGCAGUGUGGAUGAUCUGAGGGAAACGAUCUACGAUUUCCUCCGUACCAUCCGAGACCCGGAGAAGCCGAACACCCUGGAGGACUUGAAGGUGGUCUAUGAGGAGGGAAUCUUCGUACAGGAACCAACCGAGGGCAAUGUCUACGUCGUCCGGAUAGAGUUCAACCCAACGGUACCGCACUGCUCGUUGGCCACGUUGAUUGGGCUGUGCAUCCGGGUUAAGGUCCAGCGUAACAUCCACCACAACCUCAAGCUGGACAUCUACAUCAAGAAGGGAGCCCACUCGACGGAGGAUGAAAUUAACAAGCAGAUUAACGAUAAGGAACGGAUAGCAGCCGCCAUGGAGAAUCCCAACUUGCGACAGUUGGUGGAAAGUUGUAUCAAAGAGGAAGACUGAGCUGAGGUGGACUUUGUAGGUGAUUGCACUUUUGGAAACCAGUUUUUUGUUUGUUUGUUUGCUUCAGAAGCAAUAGAAAUAAGGGCAUGGUGAAAUUUUUGUCACAGGAAG